UAACAACAUAAAUGUCACUUUUUACGGGGAGUCAGGUAAGAAGUUUCUUUCAUUUGUUUUUUCACCUGUUUGAGCCGUGUGUGGUGGUCUAGCUCCCGACCACUGAGCCGAGGUAAACAGACCCUCCAGUCCCUAAGCCUGUUGUUGUUCUCCGUCCGGAUUUGGGCAUGCGCUGAAGCGCGCGCGCUGCUGGAAUGUCUUGGCGCUCGGGUGAAGCCUCAGAGCGAAGAGGCUGGCGGUGGAUAUGUGAGCUCUGACACACCGAGUCGCUCCUGAAAAGACUAAACAAUCAUAAAAGAGACCUUCCCGUCAUGUCGACGAGGACCCCGGAUCCUCAGGUGAGCGAGGACGCGGACAUUGAGCGCCUGCUGGCCACCCUCUCACCCGAUGAGGUGGAGGAGUUGGAGCGGGAGAUGCUUCUCAUCGACCCAGACCCAAACGUGCCGGUGGGUCUCAGGCAGAAGAACCAGACUGAGAAGCAGCCCACCAGGGGUUAUGACCGCGAGGCCAUGCUGGACUACUGCGAGCGGGAGACGAAGAAGCUCAUCGAGAGGGAACUGUCGUUUGAGGGGGAAUCGAAGGGUGAAGGCCGCAGACGGAACCGGCUCAGGAGGAUGAGGAGCAGAGAGCAGCGGAGCUUCUCGAGGUCACGAAGCCGUGAGGCAUCAGACUUGGAUGAGGAUGGAAGGGAAAAGAAUCAAGAAGAAAAACCUGUGGACAAAAAUUUUAAGCCGGAAGAGAAGAUAAGAGAAGAUGGCUUUAAAGAGUCUAACAAAAAAGCAGAAUUUCAUGAAAAUGAGAAAGAAAAAGAGAAGACAGAUGAAGGGAAGAUAGAAAGAGAAGUAGAAAAUGAAAAAGAAAAACAGAAGGAAGCAUCCAAGAAAGAGCGAGGUAACAGCAAGACUUUGGACCUCAUCUCCAAGCUACAAGAGAAAAAAGAAGAUAGCAGAGAGAAGGAGAAAAAGGACGAGAGCAAGAGGGGAGAAAACUUAAGAACCAAGGGUUUAAUAUCCAAGCUACAGGGGAAUCAAGAAGCAGAAGCCAGAGGGAAGAAAGAAAAAGAGAAGGAUGUUGAGAAAAGAGGAGAGAGUAGAACAAAAGGCCUGGUGUCCAAGCUGGAGGAGCCAAAGAGCCAAACAGAAGCCAGCAGAGCGGGCGAACGCAGGCUGAGAGACAUGGAAAACCGUGUGGUGGAAGAAAAGAAAGAAAGGGAACAGGAGAAGAACAAUGAGAAAAGGAGACUGUAUUCUCAGAGAGAUACAACCAAAACAGGGAUAGAGAAGGAGAAAGAGAAAGAGCAUGAGAAGUUGGAAGGGAGAGAAAAAGAGCAAAACAGAUGGAAAGAGAGAAAGAAAGAGCCAGAGAGAGAGCAAGAACGAGGGAAAGAUAAGAAAAAAGAAGUAUUGAGAAAAGCUGAAACUCUCUACAGAGAGAACUGUGCUAGUGGAGACGACCAGUCUAUGAAAACUGAGGAUGACAAUGAGUCUGAGGACGAAGAGGAUUUUUUGGACAGCGAUACUGGUUCCAGUAUGUUUGAUGACCUCUUGGAGCAGGUCCGCAGUGAUGAUCCUGAGCUCACUGAACUCAACAUCAACAACUCAGAUGUUAUUAAAACAGACACUCUGAUCCAGUUUGCGGAGGGACUUCGCAGCAACACUCAUAUUAAAACAUUUGCACUUGCUAACACAAGAGCAGACGAUCAUGUAGCCUUUGCAAUUGCUGGUACCUUACGAGACAACUGUACGUUGACUGAAAUCAAUAUGGAUUCCAACCAUUUCACCGGGAAAGGCAUCCUAGCUAUCAUCGAGUCUUUGCAGCACAAUUCUACACUCACACAGCUUCGCUUUCACAACCAGAGACACAUAUGUGGAGGGAAGACAGAGAUGGAGAUGGCUAAGAUCCUUCGGGAUAAUACUUCAUUACUCAAGCUGGGGUAUCACUUUGAACUAGCUGGGCCACGGAUGACCAUGACCAAUAUCCUGAGCCGUAAUAUGGACCGACAGCGUCAGAAACGUUUAGAAGCACAACGACUCAACAACAAGGAAACUGAAGCUAAGCCAGCUCCACCUAGCGGAGAGAAAAAGAAGGAGGUUUUACCUGAAACACUCAAGCUUAAAGGAAUACCGAAGCCCAACCAUGUUGAGAAGAAGGAAUCCAUAUUAGCAAAAGUUUCCAAAUUUAACAGUCCUGCCACAGCCCCCACGGCCAAGCCCUCGCCUGGCCCCCUGUUCUCUAGCACUCCAGGUAAGAAAGGCAGAAUCACGAAGGAGUCAAGCCCAGGACCUCCACCUCCUGCUGCUCCUCCUGCACCCCCUGCACCCCCUGCUCCAGCACUGGAUGUUCAGGCCCUGCGUAGGUCACUGACCCCUGUCUCAAAUCGCAAACAAGACAACAGCAGAGCCUCAGACCGUGGAACAGAGAAAAGCUCCAGAGAUCAGCUGCUGGACUCCAUCAGGAACAGCAGCAUGAACACUCUAAAAAAGGUUGUCCAUCCUCCUCCUCCACAUUUUUAUUAGGAUUAAAUUGACAGGUCGAGAUUCCAAAGCGUCUGAGGUAGCAGCUGGCAGGAAAAAAGAAGAGGAUUGAGACAGUUCUAAAGGAAGUCUUAUGGAAAGCCGACAACACAUUUGACUUUUGGAGGCUGACAGCAGUCCUGUCAAAGAGCUUGUGUGCAUCAGGGUGAUGCUCAUAAACUGCUGUACACUAAUCAGUUGAAUCCUGAAUGCUCUGACAGACAACUCUGUGCACUUCAAAGAUAAUUUUACAGCUUAUUCAGGGGUGUGUCUCUUCAGGACCUUCCGAAUGACAUGGAAGUUUUCUCAAGUUUAAAAAAAAAAGAAUUCUUUUGAAGGAAGGAAUGUGUAGUGUGUAGGCUUUAUACUCAGCACACAUUGCCUGUAAAUCAUGUUUUGAUUUGUUUUAUUUGUUUUAUUUGUGCGUUGUGUGAAUUAUAUGGAACUGUGCACUUGACAGAUCACAAAGUUUGAAUAUUUUGAAGAUGUCUUAAUAUAAAAUGAAAAUUUUGUGAGAAGAGAAAAGAAACAGCCUUCAUGGAACUGAAUUCCUAACUUUCUGAGCAAAAAUAGAAGCAGCAUUAAAACAAUAAUCCUGACACUUUAAUAGUACACAGCUUUCAAACCACUGACACCAUAGCAACCCUACUGUCUGUGCUUCUGUUUGUUACAGUGCUGUCCCCCAAAGACAUGCAGCUAAAAAUGAUCAAAUUGCUGUACAAAUGAUAAAAUAAUUCAUAUAUCAUCAUCACCAUUCUUGUUUACAGUAUUUACAUUAAUAACAUCAUAUUUUGGUUCAUAUAAAUUAUGCCUUAUGCAUCAACAUGUCAAAAUUAAUUGUAUGACACUUAUAAUACAUAUGUGGCACUGUGCAGGAUACCUUUCAACUUAAUGUUUUCAUCCCUCUCUACUUUUUGCUUCCAUUUUUUAUGACAGUGAGUUUUGGCCAAAAUAUGAGAUUCAGUCAAAAAGUGAGACUACAAAAGAAGUCUUAUCCAAAACUGAGCAUGGAGCUACUACAUAUAAGCCUGGCAGAUAUACUAUCUUUGCUAAAUUGCACAGUUUACAUGAUUUACUUUGCACUUAAAAUGAUGCAGUGCCACCGAAAAUGCAGAAGGGAUUAAAGAACAAUCACACAUUUUUUUGUCAAACUGGGCAGCAUUAAGAGCUGAAAUGAUUAAAUAAUAUAUUUGCUCUUAUCAUAGGAUCAUAUAUCUUAUUCAUUGCUCCUAGCACUGUAUACUGUUUCCCUACUCCAACACUUCUAAUUUACAUCAGGAAUGGACUUGCGUGACAAGCUGAAUGAGGGUUUUUAGAGCAGAAAUAAAAGAGGAUUGUUAGUGUUAUUGUCAUUAUUACACAAUAUGCUGAGGAAGCAUUAACAUCCUUUGUAAAAUACAAAUAAAAAUGGACAUAUGUGCAAAUAAAGCAAUAAAAUUUGAAUAAUGAA